UGCCCCCUAUUCACUCGAGCACCUGCCCCCCUAACAUGUCUGUGCACGCCCCUGGGAGACAGUGGUGUGUUUAGAUGACCACACUUUUUUUUCCAGGCAGGAACCCAGCUGGUGAACAUGGGGUUAAGUUCUGCUCCUCUGUGCCUGCGCUCAGCGUUCAUCCCUCUCUCUGUAACGGGAUGCGCCACCGAGUCGCGCUGCUGCUCUUAAGCUGCAGCAGGUCAAACAUAUUCAGCGCAAGAGGCGGCGCAACAUGGGCUGAGCCUAUUUGCUCAGGGAAGAUGAUCUGGAGCUUCUGCUGCAACAGUGUGGUCGUGAUUUUUCACCGAUGAGGAGCUGAUCCGCCUCACAGACAGACACACGGACAUGGUGACACGUGGUUCUCUGUGGGUGUGGGUGAGAGGAGCUGCCGGACAGCGGCUGGAUUGAACGUUCGUCGCAUGGGUGUGUUUUCACCCACACUUGAUUCUCACUCCGGGACCCGGGACAAUGCGCGCGGUGAAGGAAACUGGUUUCGCGGAGACGUCCGGAAAACGCAUCCAUGCGCCAGGGCCAGCAGCAGCCCGCAUCCAGAAAUGCGAGUGACAACACAAAGCCUGCUGCUGCUGCUGCUGCUGCUGCUUUCACGGAGCUGCGAUAAGAAACCGCACAUUGCACAGCGGCAUGGGUGCGUCAACGAGGUUGUUUCGCUACAUUAUGCGGAUGAGGCUUUGGCACGCAGCUGCGCAAUGAGACAAUCCGGAUUCAUCAAGUAGACUUUAUCGAUACAUAAUCUGACAAUAUGGCUGAUCAGAGCAACAUCCAGUCCGCCGCCUCCAAGAGCAUACGGCCCUUCAAAUCUAGUGAGGAGUACCUGUAUGCCAUGAAGGAGGACCUGGCGGAAUGGCUGAACACACUCUACGACCUCGACAUCAGUGCGGACACCUUCAUGGACGCGCUGGAGAGCGGCUGCGCUCUCUGUCGACACGCCAACAACGUGAACCGCGCCGCGCAGGACUUCCAGCUGGAGUAUCCGGAGGCUGCGAGCUCCAUGAAGCUGCCAUCCAAAGAUGUUGUCUUUCAGGCGCGCAACGCCGUGCCCGGCUCGUUCCUGGCGCGGGAUAACGUGUCAAACUUCAUCAGCUGGUGCAGACAGGAGCUCUGGAUCAAGGACGUCCUCAUGUUCGAGACCAACGACUUGGUGGAGAAGUGCAACGAGAAGAAUUUUGUCCUGUGCCUCCUGGAGGUGGCGCGGCGCGGCUCCAAGUUUGGCAUGUUGGCCCCCAUGUUGAUCCAGCUGGAGGAGGAGAUCGAGGAGGAGAUCCGGGACCAGGAGAGUCUGCGGAGCGAGGCAGGGGACAAGUCCGAGCAGAGCGUGUCCUCGCCGAGCAGGUGUUUCAGUCGGAAGGAGAGCAGUCAGAGUGUGGAGGAUGAAGACGAACCUGAGCCAGAGCCCUUCAUCUGGCCGCAGAAGAGGGUUCUGUGUGACAUGCGAAAUUUGGAUGAGUUGGUCCGUGAGAUUCUGGGCCACUGCUCCUGUCCAGCUCAGUUUCCUAUGGUCAAGGUGUCAGAGGGGAAAUACAAAGUGGGCGACUCCAGUGCGCUCAUCUUCAUCAGGGUCCUCCGUACUCAUGUGAUGGUGCGCGUCGGAGGGGGCUGGGACACAUUAGAGCACUAUUUGGACAAGCAUGACCCGUGUCGCUGUGCCGCUUUUGCCCACCGCUACCACCAGGCUAAAGCCAGCGGCCAAGGUCAGGGGACCCAGAGUAAGUCAUCCAGCGCCCACUCCUCUCGCUCCACUAGCCCAGGUCCACACUGGCGAAAUGACGGCAUCGCACCUUACAAGCCCACGGACAGGCGCACCACAGAGCUCCCCUCUGCUCCAGGUGCCUCCUCCUCAUCCUCCUCAUCCUCCACACGGCCAGGACGAUCACAGAACACUUCAGAGCUUGACUCUGGAGGACCUCGUAAUCUACUUCCACGGCCGCCAAGGGACCGUUCAGAACCCAGACACUUUACUCCCCUCAGGAAUAAGGAGACAAAGUUGCCACUAACAAGACGUCUGUCUGGAGACAGCGACUCCUCUACAGCUUCAUCUAAGGGAGGAGGAGGAGGGGGACGGCCGUCUCUCGGUGGUGCCUCUCGGCGCUCCGGUGAAGACGUUAUCCUACUUGUUAGUCGCAAAGACGGGAAGCAUGCAAUUGAGAGGCCUGGAGCAGGAAACCAGACCCAGUCGCCACGCCCCACACAGCCCCGUGCACGCAGUCAGUCCCGUGAACGUUCUGCACUCGCCCCGGUGCUCAAACCCAACCCACCACAAGGAUCCUCUGAUGGUACGAGGACAACACGUACAGAGAGGGGCCGAAACGAGGGCCCAAGAAGGUUCCAUGUCCCGCGGUCCCAAAGCCAGAGUAAGAUACAGAGCCGUACUCGAUCCGGUGAUGCCAGCCCUGGUCCUACUUCCUGCUACAGAGACCCUCAGCCCCCACUGUCAGAUAGACGAGAGGACCUGAGGGCCAAACAAAUGCCCCCAUCCUCUCCCAGAAUAGGUGGUGGGUUCUCCAAGAGACAGUCGUCCUCAUGCUCUAAUUCGCCUAUUAAAGGAAUCCAGAGCAACAACAGCUCCCCCAGCAAAAAAAGUAUAACUACUCCCAGACCUCCCGUCCCUCGCUCUCCCUCCCUAGGAAAAAGCAGAGUGCUGCCACCAGUAACCUCAGGAGGUCGGUGUUCACCACACUCAUCUCCCCGCAACUCUCACCAUCAUUCUACUCGCUCCCCCAGGAUGUCACAGGGCCCUCGUUUCGCUGGGCGUGUGCAACAUAGAAACAAGCCUGGCCUAGAGCACCAGGAGCCUGAGGAGGAAGGACUGGGCCUUGGUUUCCAGAUGCUUCCAGUGCUGGACCCUCGGAAGGAGCAAGAUUUGUAUCGCAGUUUUGAGGCCGAGUUUCUGGCCAAUACACAGCAGGCUAGAGUAGUGUCUAAUAAACCUGCAGCAGGAGCUGGGACACAUUCAGUGCCAACACUCACUGAGACUAAUGACUCCUCCUCUUCUAACUCCUCCACAUCUUCCCUGAAUGUCGGGGCAAAGAUAGGAACUCUGCCCGACCUUAGGGAGUCUAAGAGAACUAAUCUUCGUCAUCUUCCAGUCGAUGACCCCUUAAAUUUACUGUAUGGACACAAUCCUAGAGGAACACCUAACUUUGGACAAGGGGUGCCUGAAUACUGGGGGGAGCGUGGAGGGGGUCUCAAGAAGCUCCCAGCCAUCUCUAGCUCUAUGGAGGAAAGGGAGAUGCCAACUUCUCCAACUGGCAUUGGAGAUAAAGACUCAAACAGGUUAAUGAAUCAGGUCCCCACACAACCUGCUUUUCACUGUAGGACUAUGAAUGGAGACCAUGGAGGUGGACCUUCAAUGGGAGAGUUGACAAGUCAGCAGGGUCAGCUUGGGUGGGAUACAGGGCCUGAGGGAGAUGUUCCUCAGGGGAAUCACCAGCCAAACUUUUCUCAUGACCUGGAAAAUGAUGAAGGGAGUGAUGACCUCCCACCCCCAGAGGCUUGUCCAUCCCCUGUGCCUCUUCCCCCCUCUGAAGACUGCUCCUUCCGGGAUUCCUCAAGUGAAAGCUCUUCGAUGUGCUUUAGUUUGAGUGAAUCCCGCUCAGACUCCCCUCCGCCCUCUUCACCCCUGGCCAACGGGGACACUGACGGAGAACUGCUGCAGACUAAGAAAGGGCAGAAGAAAGCAGACGGUGCAAUUCCUAUCUCAAAGCACAAACUUAGAUCAAGAAUCAGGCCUCGCACUGACAACAGGCCAGAGAACAGCCCCUCGCGUAUCCCUACCCCAGUCAGCUACAAAGAUCUGCAGGCUCACAACCCUCUCUCCCCCUGCCACACCCCACCUCUGUCCCCUCAGAGUUCUCGCUCCACUGGUCAUCCAGCCACAUGCAAGAGCCUGCACCAGGCCUUUGCGGACAUGACACGUUCCCCAGUCAUGGGCAACAAAGGCUGCUCGUACCCGAGACAGUCAGGAAGCCUGGAUAAUGAAGCUUGGAUGUAGCACAAAACUGACACCUGACAUGAAGGGUUGUUAUUGUGGUGGUGGUGGUGGUCAUGUCAUUUGACUACUGUGUAAAAAAAAAAGAAAGAUGUAAGACUGGGCUACAGACUGUUUUCAUUGCAUGUCAAACACUCCUUCUCUUUUGCUUAUCGUCUCUACCGAGGUUUUCUGCAGGUGGUUCACAUUUGCUUUUAAUUUGCACUCAAGCCAAAAUAUUUAUUACCAAAAGAAAAGGUCUUUUUAAUGCUACUUUUAAUGUUGUUUCAAAGAAUGCAUGGGGAUGCUUUUGUGUUUUUUGCUUGUAUUUUGUUUGUUUUUUUCUUUGCAAAACACUUGUCAUAGUUGAUACCAAGAGCUAGCGAAAGAGAGCAUAUGUGCUACCAUGUGCCUCACUCAAGGGGCAUGGUAAAGUGCCAGAGAUUUAAAACUGUGUAAACACUAACUCAACCCUCAGUUUCACUGAUUAGCUCCCUCUUGUGGUUCAACAUAGCAUCUCAGCUUGCCUUGACAGAGCUGAUAUUAUUUAUGACUGUGAUAUUCUACAUCUCUGCACAUAUAAUAGUCCUCACUUAUGGCUCAAUGUACUCAUACUGACAAUAUACUAAUAGGUAACACAGACAGUGGUACACUCAUCAUCUUUGUGACUUUAUAAGCCAGACAUGCACUACUAAUCAAUACUCAAUUGUCGGAUAUAAUGUAUGAUGUCAGCUUUUCACAAUAGGUUUCGUUUAGUCGAGAUAUUCAAUAUGAUUUACACGUUUUUUUUUUAAUUAUGUUUAAUGCAGUAAAACAUUUGAACUUUUAAGUGAAUUAAGUGUAAACAUUUUAAGGAGCAGUGUCAAUGUCACUGAAAGAGAGUUACUUCUCUGACCAAACAGUUCUCUGGAAUACAAUUAUGUGCAAAUGAUAAGAAGAAAGAAUGUGUAAAUAACAUGUUGGCAAGGCAGAGAGAUUUUGUUAUUUGUGUAUAUAUAAAAAAAAGGAAUUGGAUAAUUAGUUAGAUGUACAUAUUCACUGUAUUAAGUUCUUUGCUGCCUUAGCUAUGCAACAUUGGUGUUGGAAAAUGCCUUGACAAUUCCCUUUGCCUUAAAAAUCCUAUUCACAUUAUUAAUUUUUUUAAUGUUUUUGCUCAAUAUCACACAAAUCCAUUGGCUAACACUGUUCAUGUGAACAGAAAUUGGAGAGAUUUUGAAAGUGAAUGUGGUAGAAAAAGCGAGCGACAUUGCCAAUUUUAUUUUAAAUGAUACUUGGUUUGGUGUUUCAUUCAUCACAAAGAUAUUUAAUUUAUUGCCUCUGAAACCUAACAGUUAUUUUAAAACACACUCAAAAAGCCUCAUAACCAUAGCAGAUUGAUUUUUAGAGACUGUGUAUGGGGACAUCUAGUGGUUAGAAAAAGACGUGAUCUAUUUACUUUUUCAUGCUUUUGGAUUAAGAAGACACACCGGUGCUGAUUCGAGCCAACUGAGCCAGAGACAAUGACACAAGGUGACGUUUGAUGCUGGCUGAGGGAAUGAUUUUGACUUGAGUGACUGCAUGUGUGCAAUAGUGCAUGCAUAAUAGAUUCUGUAACUGGAUAUCAGUGUUGUCUCGUUAAGCUCUUGCACAUUUGUCGUUGGUUUAAGAGGCCAGGCUCCAGCUACAGUACUUCUGUUUUUAAGUAUUUAACAGCACAGGCGGGGACUUUUUCCAGUAUAUUUGAAGGUGAAGGUGUAGGAACUGUGGUGUCACUGCUCUGUAGAGAUAAAACUUAACAUUCAUUAAGUAACUUCCAUAGAAAUUGUGGAUACAGUGUGAGUAAGAUGGGGGAAAAUAAUCUGUUUUUGCAGGGCAGUGACACAUGAUCUUAAAAGAGUGUGAUUACCCAUGAUUGUAUAUAUUGUAUGAGAAUAUGUAUAGAGUUUGAGAGAAGAGGGGAGUGAUGUUGGUCUAAUUUAUUUAUUUAUGAAAUCAAGUCUUAAUGGACUCAAGUGACAUCUAUGUCCAAAGUGCUGUGAGUGUGUGUGUUCAGGUUAGUGCACAUGAGGUGGGUCAUUUCUUUUUUUAAUUCUUUCUACACAGUUUACUGUGAGCAAACAAAAUCAAUGUAUAGUUUGCAUUACCACAGAUACAGUAACUGGCUCCUUGUUGCUACAAAUAAUUUAUGAUGUAUGAGUGUUCACUUAAAUUGCUUUAUCCUUCACAUGAGGGUCGCGGUGGGGCUGGAGCCAAUCUCCAGACGGAAAGGCCAGGAUUCGAACCUUCUUGCUGUGAGGCAAUAGUGUGAGCCACUAUUCCGCUGUGCAACCCAUUUAUCUGUAUUGUUCGAGCUAAAUGGAUCCAGUAUGUAUGUAUGUAUACACAGAUAUUUUAAAGUGUUGUGCUUUAGACAGACAGACAGACAGACAGACAGACAGACGACUUUAUUGAUCCCUUUGGGAGGUUCCCUCGGGGAAAUUAACAGCUCAAAAUUCAAAUUUGAUUUUUUUUUGGCCUAUUUAAAGACAUUGUCAUUUGUAUCAACCAUAGUUCUUAAGUCUACCAGUUCUGUAAACUGUGACUUAAACAUUACAUUUGUAAAGCAACGAUUGAAAUGUAUGUGAUUAAAAGAUUGUCCUUCUUUGCAAAUUUUCAUUCAAGUCUUUCCCUCUCCCCCUCGCUUUCCCCAGUCAGCAGAAUCUGAAUGUUAAGGGUCAGACGGUUUCCCGCUUGCUAAUGUUGCUUUCACUAGAACUCCAAUUAAAUGUACAGAUUGCUUGACAUUUUGAAUUUGUACAGUUAUGUGUGUAUGAAAUAGCAAUACUGCAACAUUUCUCAGUUGUUGUUUUUUUUUAUUUUGUUUUGUUUUUGAAAAUAAAAGUACCGUCAAGUUGUUCUUGUAAUAAACACCUUUCUCUGAA